CCUCCUCUAGGGAAAGGAGAAGAAUCAUACCCAGACCUCCUGGCUCUGGUGAUCGCUGUCAUUGUGACCAUCAUUGUAGCUCUGGGGGUGAAGAAUUCCGUAGGCUUCAACAACGUCCUCAAUGUCCUCAACCUGGCAGUGUGGGUGUUCAUCAUGAUCGCAGGCUUCUUCUUCGUCAAUGGCAAAUACUGGGCUGAGGGCCAGUUCUUGCCCCACGGCUGGUCAGGGGUACUGCAAGGAGCAGCCACAUGUUUCUAUGCUUUCAUUGGCUUUGACAUUAUUGCCACCACUGGGGAGGAAGCCCAGAACCCCAACACAUCCAUCCCUUAUGCUAUCACUGCAUCCCUGGUCAUCUGCCUGACAGCGUAUGUGACUGUGAGCAUGAUCUUAACUCUGAUGGUGCCAUACUACGCCAUCGACACGGAGUCCCCUCUCAUGGAGAUGUUUGUGGCCCAUGGCUUCUAUGCCGCCAAGUUUGUGGUGGCCGUCGGAUCGGUGGCGGGACUGACAGUCAGCCUGCUGGGCUCCCUGUUCCCCAUGCCCAGAGUCAUUUAUGCCAUGGCUGGUGAUGGGCUGCUUUUCAGGUUCCUGGCUCACGUGAGCUCCUACACGGAGACACCAGUGGUAGCCUGCAUCGUGUCCGGAUUCCUAGCAGCUCUCCUCUCACUGCUGGUCAGCCUGAGGGACCUGAUAGAGAUGAUGUCCAUCGGCACGCUCCUCGCCUACACCUUGGUCUCUGUCUGCGUCUUGCUCCUUCGAUACCAACCCGAGAGUGACAUUGAUGGUUUCGUCAAGUUCCUGUCUGAGGAGCACACCAAGAAGAAGGAAGGCAUCCUGGCUGACUGCGAGAAAGAAACGUCUUCUCCUGUGAGUGAAGGGGAAGAGUUCUCCAGCCCUGCCACGAACACCUGCGGGGCCAAGAACCUGCCGUCCUUGGGAGACAAUGAGAUGCUCAUAGGGAAGUCCGAUAAGUCUGCCUACAACGUCAACCACCCCAACUACGGCACGGUGGACAUGACCACAGGCAUAGAAGCCGAUGAAUCAGAAAACAUCUAUCUCAUCAAGUUGAAGAAGCUGAUUGGACCUCGCUACUACACGAUGAGAAUCCGGCUGGGCCUUCCAGGCAAAAUGGACCGGCCCACAGCAGCAACAGGGCACACGGUGACCAUCUGCGUGCUCCUGCUCUUCAUCCUCAUGUUCAUCUUCUGCUCCUUCAUCAUCUUUGGCUCCGACUACAUCUCGGGCCAGAGCUGGUGGGCCAUCCUUCUGGUUGUUCUGAUGGUGCUGCUGAUCAGUGUGCUGGUGUUUGUAAUCUUGCAGCAGCCAGAGAACCCCAAGAAGCUGCCGUACAUGGCCCCCUGCCUCCCCUUUGUGCCCGCCUUUGCCAUGCUGGUGAAUAUCUAUCUCAUGCUAAAGCUCUCCACCAUCACAUGGAUCCGGUUUGCGGUCUGGUGCUUUGUGGGUAUGCUCAUUUAUUUUGGGUACGGCAUCUGGAACAGCACCCUGGAAAUCAGCGCCCGAGAACAGGCCCUGCACCAAAGCACAUACCAGCGCUACGAUGUGGAUGACCCCUUUUCCGUGGAGGAGGGGUUCUCCUACGCCACUGAAGGCGAGAGCCAGGAGGACUGGGGUGGGCCAGCUGAGGACAAAGGCUUCCAUUACCAACAGAUGUCAGACGCGAAGGCAGACACCCGGACAAGUAGCAAAGCGAAAAGUAAAAGCAAACACAAACAGAACUCAGAGGCCCUGAUUGCAAAUGAUGAGUUAGAUUGCUCUCCAGAGUAAGGCUAAACACACAGGAGCCUAGAGAGGGUGGUUUCUCUGUAAAUCGGCCUGUGUGCUAGAUGGCGGAAACUCUUCCCACUCAUUUCACAAACCCAGCCUUCCCCAAAGUCCAUCCCCAGGCAUAACCUGUCAUUUGCUACUUUUGCUGUUCAGGAGAGUUCUGUUGAAGGGUUUUGCCCAGGGCCCUUAACUGGCCCCCUUGUAAAAAAUCAAAAUCAAAAGACUACAUGAAAUUCUAUUUAGUGAGCUGUCACAGCCGAUAACAGCAAAUUUUUGCUUUACAGGAUGGAUCUUUGUACUUCUUCCUAAGACCUAAGGACACUUCCUCUAGCCCUGCUGAGGCUCCAGGCCCUCCGUAGAGGACCCACAAAGGUGGCUGUGGUUGUGAAGCAGCUGUCCAUCCCCCAGAGCCCAGCUGGGAGCUACUCCCCCAGGGCUGUAGGUCAGGCUGGUUCAGGAUCUUCUCAGUGAGCAACACUGUGUUCUUAUACCUUGCCACCCCAAAACCAUCCAUGGAGGAGACCCGGGCUUCUCUUUACUCACCAAAGUUCUUACAGUUUCCAGACUAUAAUUUUAGGAUCCAGAAAAGAUAGAAUGAAGCAAUUAUACAGUCCCCAUAGUACAGUAAGAAAUACCAUCAAAGCUUUACUUAAAUGCCCAAAAAAAUAAAUAAAUAAAAGCUUAAGUAACCUCUUGAAUAGAUGUCAGAAGGCAUUGGCAGAAAGGAAUGUCGGUCGUACAUUCCCUUAUGCCAGACUCUAAGCUCCUGGCGAUAUGGUGAAAGGGCAGAGGUGGAGUGUGAUUCCAUGCCUCUGAUAUGCCUGGAAGAAAUAGGCUAUUUGUUUUAUAAUCAGAUAAAAAUCUUUGCAAGGAGAAGUAACCCAGCCACUGAGAUCACAUUGCAAAUCCUACUUCAUAUUUCUAAAAUUAUAAAG